AUGGCCGAAGUAGUGUAUGAUUUCACCGCAGAGCCGGGAAGCACCGAGCUGAGCAUCCGCGUUGGCGAAGUGCUCGAGAUCGUUCGUCAGGACGUGGGAGGUGGAUGGUGGGAAGCCAUAAACUGUCUUGGCGAGCAGGGUCUCGUUCCUGAAUCAUACGUGAAGGUAAGCUGUGAACCGAUUUGUUUCAUUGAUUUUAAUGUUUGCUGGUUUAUUCUUGGCAAAAUCAGUUGUUGACC